CCGCUCACGCUCCCUGGAUUCGUUGCACUGAUGAGACUGUUCCCUAAUCUCGAGACGCUCAAGUUCACGACGAACUUCUUUACCUACGACCACCAGUUCCAAGGCUUGACAGCAGAGAUUUACGGGGAGGAGAUCAAGCUGGUGGAGACGAUGAUCCUUAAUGAGAUGAACGAUCGCUGGUCGUCUGAGCGCGACGCCUCCACCUGCUGGAUCGGGAACUGGCAUGCGCCCUUGACACAGGAGCAGAGUCUUCGAGUUGGGAUCAUGCGCCCUCUAGUUUCUUCACCAUGA